AUGGAGAGUUUGCACUUGCUUGAGGCGCAUGAGAUCGUCGCCAUGUUGAAAGCAGGUUCCGUGUCCCCGCUGCAACUCAUUGAUGUCGUGGAGCAACGAAUUUCUGCCACUGAAGCCUUGGUCCAUGCCAGUCCCAUCACCUGCUUUGACCGUGCGAGGGAGAAGGCCUGGGAAAUCAUGAGGAACUGCGGUGAGAAAAGCCGAGGAUUUUUGCAUGGCUUGCCGAUUCUGAUCAAGGACACCCAUGCUGUCGCUGGCGUCCGAUUCACCGAAGGCUCCUUGCUCUACGCCGAGCGCGUCAGUGACGCGAGCGCAGCUUUGGUGGAGCAGCUUGAGGCGAACGGAGCCAUCAUUGUGGGGAAGACCAAUGUGCCCGAGUUCUGUGCAGGCUCCCAAAGCUUCAAUUCCAUCUUUCCCACCACGGUUUCGCCAUGGGAUCUCCGUACGACAUCUGGUGGCAGCAGUGGUGGAUCUGCAGCCGCCUUGGCCAGUUACCAGUGUUGGUUGGCCACGGGUACCGACCUGGGAGGAUCAGUGCGGCAACCUGCAGCCCACUGCGGGGUUGUGGGUUUUCGGGUGUCUCCAGGGCGUACGCCUGCAAAUGGCUUUGGCCCGUUGCUGGGGCUGCAUUCGAUCAGUGGACCCAUGGCAAGGAGCGUCCGAGAUGUUGCGCUCUUCUUGGAUGCAAUGGAAUCCAAUGUGGGCUGGGAGCACUUGGAACCUCACAGUUCCAGUGAAGAGACUUUUGAAGCUGCUGCCAUUCUGGGUGCAUCUCAGGGCAUCGAAGGUUUAGGCCUCAAAGUGGGCUUUUCCACUGUGGGCUGCCACUAUUCUGCGGAGCUGGAGGCCUUGUGCCGCAAGGCUGCCUGGCUCUUGAACAACCACCAGGAGCCUCUUGUAGUCGGUGACGACCUGGUAGAUUUCCCGCUGGCCCAGCAGACCUUUAAGGCCUUGCGCGCAGAACAACUUGCUGAGAAGUACGGCGAGCUUCUGGAUCCUGCCACGCGCGCCUUAGUGAAGCCGGAACUCCAAUGGAACAUCCUCCAGGGUCAAAGACCCGACAGCCACAGGCAGGCAGAGAUAGCUCGUGGUGACCUGAAGCAGCUCCAGUCGCAGGUGUUGGAGAUGUUCAAAUUGCUGGAUAUCCUAUGUGUACCUGCUACCAUCGAUGCAGCGUUUGAUGCUGAAGUUCGAUACCCUUCGAAGCUCAACGAUCAGAGCUUCCCCAAUUAUCUCGGUCAGCUGCUUCCUACAGCCACUGUCUCUGUGCUUUUGUGCCCGGCCUUAGCGCUACCCUGUGGAAUUCUGGAGGAUGGCCGCCCGGUGGCUUUGCAGCUGGUGGCCCCCUACGGUGCGGAUGCUUUGUUGCUCCGCGCUGCCGCAGCGCUGGAGCAGCGCCUGGCGCUGCCCAAGGGCUGCGAGGUGCCACGGCGCGGCACGGUGGAACUGAGAACGGAGGGGCCGCGGAGUGCCCUGGAAGUCAUGACCAGUGGCAAGGCCUCUGUUGAGGAACUGCGAUCCGCCAUCGCCAGUGUUGAGGCGGUACUGGACGAAGCGCGGCGCGAGUUGGACCGGAAGCAACUCCGGGAGAGGCGCGCUGCUUUUGAACACCUGUACCAUGCUAUUGACAAGGCGGAUGAGGAUCUACUGGAACAAGCCAUCCAGCAGGCGCAAGCAGCAGAUGUGGAUGACGAGGACAUCUUGAAGGCGCAGAACAAGCUUCUGGAGCUGCAAAUGAUGACCCCCGAGGAGCGUGCAGCUCGUGCAGCACGUCAACGGCAGUCACAACAGAAGAAGGAUGCCUUCCAGAUGGCCACUAGGGCCAACUUGCUGGUUUCUUGGGAAAUCCCGAAGAAAAAUCUACAAACAUUAUAG